CAGAGGCGUUGAGUGCUGAAAUCGUGGCCGCGAUUUCGACUCAGCGGCGCCCUCUCCCCUCUUCUUCUCUCACUCCCCCGCCCCGCCUCCCCAAUUCUUUCCGCUACUGCCGCCAAUUUCCCAGGCUCAUUUUCUAUCGGAAGAAGAUGUUUCUUCCCCGCGCACCACAAACGGCUUAUUGACAGCGAUUGCCGGCCAUUGAGAUGGCGUGGGGCGGGAGACCAAGCCUGGGUUGCAACUUAAAUUUUUCCUCCUCCCCUUUCCUUUCCUGCCUUAGCUUUAUUUAUUUAAGGAUUGGACAAGAGGUGGAGGAGGAAGAGGAGGAGGAGGCGGAGAAAGAACCACGUCCCACCCAGCCUCCCUCACUCCCGCCCUUCUUCAACAUCCCCAUUUGCACCGCAAAACUAUCCUUCUUUCCCAUUGCAUCCCAAGGAGGUAGCAACAGCCACAUCAUCACGGAAAGCCGGAUGGAGAGUUGAGGGAGGCUGCCGACCAAGAGAAGCCAAACUGCCGAGACGGGGAGGGGAGGUAGACAAGCUGCAAGCGAAACAAGCCCCCCCUUCUUUUGUCGCGGAGCUUUGAGUCUGGCGCGUCGUUUUUCUAACGAACCUUCGCCUUCUUUUUGGCAAUCCUCCCUAGCAAAGCGAGGAUCCGAUCUACGGCUGUUGGUUUGUGUGUUUCCUCCUUUUAUUUUAAAGACUUGCAAUGGUUGAGCGUCAAUGCCAUUGAGCGAAAACAAGCAUCAGAGAAGGAGGAGGAGGAGAAGGAGAAAGAGGAGGAGGAGGAGGAGGAAGAGGAGGAUAGGAGAGGACGAGGCAGAUGCAACGGGAGAGAGUUGUAGCGGCGUCUUAUUCAUCAAAAGGAGAUCCCUGCAUCUGCUGAAUGCACCUUUUCUUCCGCGUCAGCCACAAUGGUCUGUAAGGACUGUCACUGCGUUUGAUGACGUUCCUGUUUUGUGAAAGGGGGAAAGGAAACGUGACAAUGUAAGAUCCACGUUUCGCUGAAUCAAUGUCAUGCAAAAGGAUCUCUUAGAUCUCGACGGAUGUGUGUCAAAUCCAAGGCGGAAAACAAUUAUGGAAUAACUCCGCUUUAGGGUCUCCUCCUCAAUCUCCGGGUUUUGUUUUGUUGGGUUUUUGUUUUUUCCCCCAGUGGUUGCGUGUGGUCCAGACAGUUCCUCGAACGCGGGAGGUAAAGCAAAAUCCAGUCAGUCUUGGGAGUCAAAAUUAACCUCCUCUAAUACUCACUUCCUUUCAGGACUUUUUCUAUUUCUAUUCAGAAUAUUUUAAUAAAGUAGUAAAUGGAACAUCUGAUGAGGAAUUAAAAUUAAGCAUGUGUUUCUCCCUUUCUUCAUGAAAAAUGUGCUUUUUUCCCCUUUGGGUCAAUGAAAUCCAGUUUUGAUAUUCCUAUUCUUAAUGAUGGCGAUAGCAAAAGAAACUAUUUUUGCAUUUUAAUAAUUAUCGUCUCUCCUGUUGUUCUAUCAAAAGCACAUUUUUAAAUGUUCCUACUAAGUUUAAAAACUAAUAAUAAGGAAAUUGUUUGAUAUGUCAAAUACUUUUGAACGAACCGUUUUCUCCCUUCUCUCCACACUUUCUAGUGACUUGAAUUCUCUCUCUCUCUCUCAUCCACUUUCUGCUUCUGGAAUUAUCGGUCCCUUUCUCGAUAUUUCUUUGAACGAGCUUUACCCAGCACGUAAAGGGUAGAACGCUUGUUCCUAUUUUAUUUUAUUCUUUUUGUUCCCAAAAAAAUUCUCGGAUUUAUUUAUUUUUUUAAAAAGGUGGGUGGAAAAGAGACUGAAAUUUAAUCCUUUGCUUUUUAAAAAGGAGAGAGUUGGGGGGAAAGAGGAAAAAAAAGUCAUUAUCUUUGCCCGCAUGCUGUGAAAUAUACAAGAGGAAAAAAAAAUAUCCUCCUGCCAAUUUCCCACUUUUGUUAGCAAACUAGUCUGUCUCGGUGAGGGCAGCCAAGGGAAAGGAAGCGGAAGUGAACCAAUUCAGCCCUCUUGUUCUUGUGCGCCCUCUACCGGUCUGCAUUUUUCUUGCCCGCGACUGUCUGAAAGAAAAGGCACAUGUUAAUAUCAACUCGCGUGAUCGUUUUCUGGUACUGUUGCUCUGGACUCUUGAUCCCCAGACAGAUGUUGCACCAUCAGGGUCUCCUCAAGUGCCGCUGCCGCAUGUUGUUCAAUGACUUGAAGGUCUUCCUUCUGCGGAGACCCCCGGCCCCUCCUCCGCCCUCGCCGCUGCCUCUCCCUCCCAUGAGCAGAACAGACCAAGCCUUGAGUUUACAGGCGUCUAAUAACAACACGCUGACUACGCUAUAUGGAGGGCGAUGGGCUCCUCGGAGAGCGCCGACGGACGGGGAUGGUGGGGGUGAUGGAGGAGGAGGAGGGGGCACCACGAGCCCCCCCGAAGAAGAGUGGGAAAGCCCUGGGGGAGAGGGAGAGCUUCCCACGACUGUGAUGAGCAGCGCCUCCUCCGACGACUUCUGCAAAGGGAAGGCGGAGGAUGGGUAUUCGCUGGGGAGCAGUUUGGAUAGUGGAAUGAGAACGCCUCUCUGCAGGAUCUGCUUUCAGGGCCCAGAGCAGGGUGAGUUGCUGAGUCCAUGUCGAUGUGACGGGUCAGUGAAAUGUACACAUCAACCUUGUCUGAUCAAAUGGAUCAGCGAGAGGGGAUGUUGGAGCUGUGAGCUGUGUUACUACAAGUAUCACGUCAUCGCCAUAAGCACAAAGAACCCCCUGCAGGUAAAGUGGCAGACCAUUUCUCUGACCGUCAUCGAAAAAGUUCAGAUAGCAGCAGCCAUCUUGGGUUCCCUUUUCCUUAUCGCCAGUAUCUCGUGGCUUAUCUGGUCAACUUUCAGUCCGUCUGCUAAGUGGCAGCGCCAAGACCUGCUCUUCCAGAUCUGUUAUGGGAUGUAUGGCUUCAUGGAUAUUGUCUGUAUAGGUCUCAUAAUACACGAAGGACCCUCGGUUUACCGGAUUUUUAAAAGGUGGCAAGCAGUCAAUCAACAGUGGAAAGUUUUGAACUAUGACAAAACAAAGGAUUUGGAGGAUCAAAAAUCAGGGUCUAGGAGCAAUCAACGAAACUCAUCUCAGAUCAACCAUUCAUCCUCCACUAAUGGCGCAGCUAGCAACUCCGCUGCGGAAGACAGUGUUGCCCGAGGAGCUGGCCAUGCCACGGGCACUUUGUCUGAUCAUCACUGUGCUUAUACCAUCUUGCAUAUACUCAGCCAUCUGAGGCCUAACGAACAGCGAAGCCAUUCUAGCACAAACAGAGAGCUUGUCAUGAGAGUCACAACAGUCUAAGCUAAAGUAUUUAGGAGGCCUUAAUGCAACCGAGUGGGAAAGGAACUCAAAAGCAAGUGGCAUGUGGGCUCUCUGCCCUCUCCGCGCCAUUUUCUGAAGUGGCACAAGGAGCACAAGAGGCCUUUCCCCAGCCAAGAGGGGGCAAGGUAGACCAGCCGCUCAGCACAAAAAAAGGUUAAAAGUUUGGCUGUGAAAUGAAGUGCAAUAUAUACUGCAAACAGUGAACUAGGACCAAGUCCUCAAAAAAGGGGCACGGGGGAGCAGAAAGGUUUAAUUUGUCAUGUAUACAAUGGAAUAAGUAAGAUUUUAAAGAAUUGCACACCCAAACACAUGCAUAUAAGAAGAGGGAAAGAAGGUAUGUCUGGGUAUUUUUUUUAAUGUAUUAACCAGAGGUUUAAGUAUUCAAAUCCCGAAAUUAUUUGUGGCAUAUGCCAACUUGUGCGCCCCAGGAUGUUCACACUGAAAUUGCAAUUCAUUGAUUGCUCUUGUUUUAUAAAAGGAAAUAAUGUUGCCCAGGCUUUUAUCACAUAGCACAUGCCCCUGCUGGUUCUAUUUUCCUCUUCAGAUAGAAUCAGCUAGCAGCCCUCUUUGAGGGAGUGCGAGGAGAAGGGGAGGGAAUUCUCCACUUGAACCACAAACAUAUGAACAACUGACAAAGCACAAGAUACAGAUGAAUGAUUCAUCAUGGACAUUUGAUUUAGAAAUUUGUCGAAAUGGGCUUCUCCCAUAUCAAAUUUUCUACUUAACCUUUCAACCAUUUUCUGCAAAGCCAAUUCAUUUUUCGCUGUAUGAGUAAUUUGGUGCAAUUCCCUAUGAUUGUCUUGUUUUUUGUUUUUUUGUUUAAAAAGAGGAAUGGAAUCCACUUGGAUUUCAGUCUGCAGCCAUUUAAGUUGUUUUGCAAUCUUCUCCAUUUAAUCGUUCAUCAAAAAUGUUGUACUUAAGAGAAACUGGAGUUCUGAUUAAUCUACCCUGUGGGUUUAAGCACCCACACUACAACCCUGUUUUCUGGCCUAUGGGGGUUUCUAAGUAAGCAUGCUCAGGAUUGCACUGACAAGUUAAUUUAAGCUGGAUAUACUCAUUGCGUUCAGCUUGUUUGUCUUCAACGUAAGGUUAUGUGUGAACACACACAAUGGCCUAAUGCAGUGUUUCUCAACCUUAACAACUUGAAGUUGUAUGGACUUCAACUCCCAGAAUUCCCCAGCUAUCUGCCAGCCUUCAAAGAGCCAAUGUUGAGAAACACUGGCUUACUCUGUGUGCAGAUUAGGCCAUAAUGUCCUGUUCCAUCAGCCAUAGUUAAAAAUCAUGGCGUAUAGCGUAGGACUAGAGUUCUAUGAAUUAAGUCAGAGUUUCCUAAGCGCCUUCUCACAACUCUCACUAAGAUACAAUUGCCAGACUGUUCUAAGGAAGCCAUCCUAUUUAAAUUGAUAUCAAUGAUGUAUAUUGAUAGUUAUCUCCUGAGUAAAUUGACCACGAUACUCAUUUUUCUAUAUAUAUUUUCACAAGUGCCACUACAAGCUGCCUUGAAUUAUGAUAAAUAUAUACCAUCUAUGUAUGUCUGUAUGUAUAUAUGUGUGUAUAUGUGCCUGUGUACAUGUACACAUAUACAUGUAUAUGUAUAUAUAUAUACGUAAUACACCCAAGUUGAUUCAUUAGGUUGGCAGUUACGUCGAAGUAAACAUGUGAACACCUGGACAUAUAGUAGCUUGUGACAUCACUUGGAAAACUCAAUAUUUAUGUUUCUCAAUCCCCCCCUCUCCCCCAAAUAAAGAACAUAACUGUAGAGUUUGGCCUGAGGAAUCCCUUUAAUAUUGCCUUAGAGUCAGUUUAGAUUGUAAUACUGACAGGGGGAAAAAAGGCUGGUUAACCCUCCUGAGGAGAAUCAAUUGAACUGGAUAGAUUUUAAUAGGAUGUGGCCUAGACACAUUCUUUUGUUGGCCGUAAGGAUAGUCCAUGUGAAAUAGAGGGCAAGGAACAUUAAAGAUUAUCCAUUCUAAACUGACCUCUUUCACAGGGACCAGUGCAAUAUCAUUUAAGCAAGACAGCAAUGGCAAGGCUGCUUAGAGAAUCAUACAACUGAAAGUCAUCUAAAAAUCCAUCUAGUUUACCUGCUGCUCAAAUCAGGAAAUUACGCCAGGACUCUUGGAGCAAUUUUUUACUUUAGUAUCUGAAGGCAUUUCCACUCAACUACUCCUAAGGUUGCCAGUUCUCAUCCUUUGCUGCAAAGAAACCACAGGUAGUCCUCAACGUACGACCACAAUUGAGCCCCAAAUUUAUCUUGCUAAGUGAGAAAUUUGCUGAGUAUUGCCCUGUUCGAUGACUUUACUUGCCACAUUUGUUAAAUGAAUCACUGCAGUUGUUAAAAUAGUAACACGGUUGUUAAGUGAAUCGGGUUUCCCCAUUGACUUCGCUUGUCAGAAGGUCUCAAAUGACCCCGGGACACUGCAAACGUCAUAAAUGUGAGUCAGUUGUCAGGCAUCCGAAUGUAAAUCACAUGGCCGUGGGGCUGCUGCAAUGGUCAUAAGUGUGAAAAAAUGGUCACUAAACAAACUGUUGUAAGUCGAGGACUACCUGUACUUCUGAAAAUGACUGCAAAUGUACAGGUAUUGUAAUAGAUUAAUUUGUUAAAUGUGAGAUUGUCCAUAAAGCGAUUAACUUAUUUGUUAUUGCAUUUAUAUUUCAUCUUUCUUCUGCCAUUAGCAUAGAAACUGUAUUGGCAGCACAAUGGCACACAUUGGGAUAGAGGUGUCUCCUUAUUUUAUCCUGGAAACAAUAAAUACAAGAGAUGGGUCUGAAGGCUAGUCAUUGGUCCCAACUAGCUUAGUGAGCUUUUUGGUCGAGGGAAGACGUCCUAUUUUUCCUUGAUCCCUGCUAUUCCUCAUCCACUAUGCUACACUGAUACUCCAUGGGAGACAAUAAGCCAUUUUAAUAUUAGCUAAAUGAUCGCCUGUCUGAACUGCUAUCUUAGUUCAGCAGGAAUGGGCAGUGAUAAUACUGUAUUAAUAUACAGUGUAUAUUAAGACACCAUAAUGAGAGCAAGAGGGGAACCCCAUAAUUUCAAGCCAGAGCUUUAAAAAACUCCACUGUUUUACUUUGGGGGUAUUCACAUAUGAAAAGGGCUGUUGCACAGCUGAAAAUACAGCUUUCACACUAAUAAUCUGUGCUGUCCUGCGGCAUCCUUCAGCCAUUGCUGUGCAAUUAGACCACAGUAUAGGAAGAGCAAUCCCCCAGCAUCAGAUCAAAAAGCUGGGUGAUUCUUUAAGGCAAUUGAUACACUCAUGCUGAAUGACGAACUAUGCAACCCUAUAUUUUGCACAGUGAAAUAUGCCUCAAAUGAAAUGCUAUGUCUUUUUUGUUAAUUUUGUUAACGGUGUUGUCCCAAACCAAUAAGGUCAUCAUGUUUCACGCGGUACACCUAAAAUGAGCCUGUAUAGUCUGCUUGUUUAUAGUUGUGCGAUGGAACCUUUCCAUGAUUUCCUUUGUGGUUUAACCAUCAGAUGAAGUUAAAAGAAGUUCUAUCCAAAUGGAUCAGAUGAUUACUCAGAGUUUUAAGUUGGUAUAAGCUCUCCAUUGGAUAGGAGAAAAGGUAGUCAGAAAGUGAAUUCUAUCACUUGUAAACUACUUUUUCUCACUGUGGAGAAAUUACAUACACAAAUUUGGGUGAAAUGUUUUGCAUGAUUUUCCCUCCAAAAAAAGAUUUAGGCCCUGCUGUUGGGUGAAAAAAAGCCAGUUUCGUUGAACUCAAUGGGCUUUUGAAGAAAGGCACAAAUAAUUGUACUCCAAGUAUUUUGGGGGUAAAGCACUUGCUGGUCUUAUCUAACGAGUCUCAAAAUUAUUAGAAAAGAACUGUAUUGUAUUGAAAAAAUAGUGGAACUAUGGAAAACAGUGAAAUAUUCUAGGUGCAAAUUGUGUAAAACGUGUGAAGGGAUUGUUUUUUUCUCACUCUGGUUUAAGAUAAAUCUCUUUGUAAAAUAGGAUGUUUGUUGCUCUUUUGUUAGUGUUUGGCCAUCCCUGCAAAUACAGGUAGUCCUCGACUUAUGAUCACAAUUCAGCCCAAAAUUUCUGUUACUAAGCGAGACAGUUGUUAUGUGAAGUUUGCCUUAUUUUUCAACCUAUUAUGCCGUAGUUGUUAAAUAAGCAGUAUGGUUGUUAAGUGAAUCUGGUUUUCCCAUUCACUUUGCUUGUAAGAAGGUCAUAAAAGAUGAUCACAUGACCCUGGGACACUCUAACCGUCAUAAAUAUGAGUCAGUUGCCAAGUAGCUGAAUUUUGAUCACAUGACUAUGGGAAUACUGCAACAGUCAUAAGUGUGCAAAGCAGUCAUAAGUUCCUUUUUUCAAUGUUGUUGAACCUUCGAACGGUUACUAAAUGAACUGUUUUAAGUCGAGGACUACCUGUAGGCAUUUUAACAGCAGUUGAAACAUCACAAGACUGUGUUGCUAUGGUAGUUCUUUCAUAAUUGCUGUUGAACACCUAGUCAUCCAGAUAACAGCCGGCACAUUUAUCCCAAAUGUCAGCCUGGGCCAAGGUAAGAAGGAAGACUUUCCUAUUAAGAAGCAACUGUUUCAUUAUAACAGCCUUCUUCUAUGGAGCUGGAUCAAACAUUGCUGAAGAUGGAUUUUAAGUCCGUUUGUAAUAAACAUCCUGAUCAAAGUCAGCAUGGUGCACCAAAGACCAAAAGAAAGCAUUAAGAAUGCCAUACCUUGGUACUCAGAGUGUUAAUUCAUUCUGGGAGGUGAGAUAGGUUCUAAACAGGAUGAGUCCUAAGCAAACCACAUGGCUUACUAUGUAACCCUUUGUUUCGGCCAGGAAGAACUUUCUGUCGGUCCCUUUUCCUAUGUCAGCAACCUUCCCACUGAUGUCCUGUCCGCCCUCUGUGGCUGUCCCCCUCCUUUAGCAGCAACCUUCCCAGCAUGGCUGACUUCCUGUCCAUUCCCCAAAGCCAUCCCCCUCUUUCUAUAGCAGCAUGUCAAGUACUAAACAAAGGCUGAGUACUGGGACAAAUUUUUACGUCAAAAUGCGUUGAGAGCCAAAUUUAAGGAAUUUUGAAGCAGUUGAAUACUGAGAUACCACUGUAUAUGAAUACCAAUGCAUAUCCAGCAAUUAUUGAAAUCUGUAAGAAUACAAUGGGGAGGGGGGACCCAUAAUUGUCAGUUGCUAUUAAACAGACUUGAAGCUGUUUGUCUAUAUCUGGGAAGACUAUGUCACCAAUUCAUGAAGACACUCUACAACAACCCCCCUCCCCCAAAAGACAAAUUGCCAUAAUGAAGUAUCUUGAGCUGAUCUCUAUUAUUAAAGGGUGUGAAACAGC